AUGGCACCCUCACGUAUCGACGUCACGAAGACGCUCGUGAACAAUACCAACGCAAAGUGGUGGAAAGAUCCUGGAAUGAAGAAGCUAAACUUCAUGAUCGUCUGCGUGAUCACCGCACAGAUGACAUGCGGCUACGAUGAAGCAGUUGUUGGGAAUUUCCAAGCCAUGAAACCUUGGUUGAAAGAUAUGUCCUACCCAGACGCCUCCCAUAUUGGCCUCAUCACAACCAUUAUCUUCGUGGGGGGUUUCAUCGGCUCUUUCCCAGCUUCUCCAGUAGCAGAUAGAUACGGCCGAAAAGCUGGAAUGUACAUUGGCUCAUUCUUCACUCUCAUCGGGACCGUCAUCCAAACCACUGCAUUCGGGUACGCUCAAUUCAUGGUCGGGCGGUGCCUCCUCGGUGUUGGAAUUAGUUUCACCUGCAUCGCUGGCCCCUCCAUGGUUGCUGAGCUAGCUCACCCACGACAAAGAGGCACUGUUUUGGGAUUCUUCAACACCUUUUGGUACGUUGGCGCUAUCGUUGCUGCUUGGGGAAGUUUCGGCUCGGGACAUAUGAAUAACAGCUGGAGCUGGAGGAUCCCGAGCUUGAUUCAAGGUGUUGCGCCUUGUUUCUUGAUUGCCAUGUUGCCGUUCAUGCCUGAGAGUCUGAGGUGGCUGCUUGCUAAGGGAAGAGCGGAGGAGGCGAGGCAGGUGUUGGCGGAAUAUCAUGCUAAUGGAACGCUGGAUGAUGAGUUGGUGCUGUAUGAGAUUGAGGAGAUUAAUACCGCGCUGGCGAUUGAGAGUCGGUACGCUGAGGUGGGGUGGAGUGUUCUUUGGAAGACAUCUGCAAAUCGGAAGAAGAUGGGUGUGACAAUCUCCGUUUUCGUUCUGUGCUUGUGGUGCGGACAAGGGGUCAUCAGCUACUACUUCAGCCCGCUCCUCACUUCUCUCAAUGUCACUGGCACUAACCAACAAACCGGUAUCAACGGGGGCAUGCAAAUCUGGAAUUUCCUGGUCUCAAUCGCAGGAGCCUGUCUCGCAGAUCGUAUUGGUCGUCGGUCCUUGUGGCUCGUCUCUCUUGUUGCCAUGAUUUGCUCUAAUGUUGGCAUCACCAUCACCAGCGCCGUUUUCGACAGGAAUGGUGCUGAUGCCGCAGCAUACAUGGCCAUCGUCUUCCUCUUCUUUUACAAUGCUGGCUUUAAUAUUGCCUGCAACCCGUUGGCAUACUCAUACCCGACCGAGAUCCUGCCGUAUAGCAUGAGAACGAAGGGUCUGGCUGUCAUGGUUGCCAUCGGCCAAGCUCUGUUGAUCGUCUCACAGUAUGCCAAUCCGGUUGCAAUUGCAGCUAUUGGGUGGAAGUAUUGGUUGUUCUUCCUGGGAAUGCUCUUGCUGUUCCUCAUCAUGGUGUACUUUACAUAUCCAGAAACAAAGGGUCUCACACUUGAGGAACUGGCGAACUUGUUUGAAGAUGAUGAAGGUGUGAAAAUAAUGGAGAAGAUGGAAGGGAUUGAACCAGAAGUUGAGACUGUACCCGUUGAAACGGAGCAGAAGGAGUGA